AUGGGAAGCAGGUGGGACGAAUUUCUUCCGGAGCUCCUUGAUUUGAUCCAAUCGAAGCCGUCGAAUGACGACGAUAAACGCGCGUUCAGUCUGGUGUGCCGAUCGUGGAACAAUGUCCACCGUAACUCAUGCUUCCGCCACUCGACCUGCCUCGUGCAAAACCAUAGGAGCAAGCUAGCGCACUUUCCCCAUCACAUGGGCUUCCUCACCACGCGCCUCCGCCGAGAUACGCUGCUCCUAGCACGGUUGGCUGCUCGUCUCCCGCCACGACAACACCGCCUUCUAUCUCGACCCGUUCGGCAGCCGCAGGGUCGAGUUGCCGUCCGGGCCCACUUGCCCUGCACCGUCGUCGCGUUCUCUACCGUGUUCCUUUCUAACACCGUCAACAUCGGUUUGCUCCGGCGUGGGGACAGCGCGAGGAAGCACCGUGUGCAUGCUUGUGGGCCCCACUUCCUCGCGUCGUAUGCCUUCCCGGUCAUGCACGGUGGGUGGAUCCACUUUUUGGGGGCCCGCGGGCAAGUGGCGAAGUACGGCGCCGCCAAGGGCGAAGGAGUUUGGAUCGAGCACCCGGGGAACCUGAGCCGGGAGGGCAGCAUUACGGACCACUUCAUGUUGGAAGUCGAGGAGGAGCAACCGCUUGCGGUUUUUGUGGUCGGGGACAAGAGAAGGGUCGUUGUGCUCAGGCUCGUUCCCGACGGGGAGGCGAUGAGGUGGGAGAGGGUGGAGGAUUUGGGGGGAAAG